AUGGCCGACAAGAUCACCACUCGAGCGCUGGUCGCACUGGCACCGGGCGAGCCGUUAUCCCUACAGACAGUCGAGCUCGACACGUCCGACCUGGGGAGCGACGAGGCAGUGGUCGAGUUCACGCAUAGCGGACUGUGCCAUACCGACCUGGCCGUCGCAUCGGGCCACAUUCCCGGCAGGUUCCCGGCGGUGCUCGGACACGAGGGUGCUGGCAUCGUCCGACGGCUUCCUCGCGGGUACGCCGGUCCGCUCGCGGUGGGCGACCGCGUGCUGGCCACGUUUGCGGCGUGCGGGCAGUGCACCACCUGCCGACACUCGUACACGUCGGCGUGCACCCGCGGCGUGGAGUAUAACUUCGGCUUCGAGCGAGGAGAAGGUCGCGCCCCGCACGGCGUCCGACUCAUCGAGCGCGGCGAGGGAAGCGAGCGGGCGGCGAUCGGCUUCUUUGGUCAGAGCAGCUUUGCGCAGACCUCGAUAUGCCGCCAAACGUCGCUCGUAAAGGUAGCCGACGACCUGCCCUUCGACCUGGUCUGCUCGUUUGGAUGCGGCUUCCAGACCGGCUUCGGCACGGUCCGCAACCACUUGAUCCCGUGCCAUGCCGCGGCGUGGAGCCAGGCGACAGGCAGCGGGACGCCCUUCCGACCCCGCAGCCUCGCCGUCUUUGGCAUUGGCGCCGUCGGCUUGGGAGCCGUCAUCGCUGCCAAGGCCGAGGGCAUCGAGAGGAUCAUCGCCGUCGAGCCGACGGCGUCCCGGCGUCAGCUCGCCCUAGAGGCCGGUGCUAUCCACGCAUUCGAUCCGCUCGAAGCCACCAGCGAUGGACCCGGCGAGCCCGACCCCGCAGCAAAGCUCAAGGGCAUGACCGACGGCGAGGGUGUCGACCUCAUCGUCGACGCCACCGGCAACAGCACCGUCUUCCGCCACGCCGUCCACUCGCUCGCGUCCAAGGGCCACCUCUGCGUCGUCGGCGCCCCGCCCGCCGGCACCGAGCUGAGCUUCGACGCCUUCUACGUCCUCAACAAGGGCCUCCUCAUCUCGAGCAUCGUCGAGGGCGCGUCCAUCCCCGAGCGGCUGCUGCCGCAGAUGCUCGACCUCGUCAAGCAGGGCGCCUUUGACGUGCUCAAAAAGGCCGUCAAGGUGUACAGGCCAGACCAGGUCGACGAGGCGGUGCGCGCUGCCAAGAGCGGCGAGGUCCUCAAGCCUGUAUUUGCGUGGUGA